AUGAGCUCAACUCACGAUGGUCAAGUUAUCAGUGACGCGAAAAUUACCGCGUGUGUGGUAGCUGCAAGUAAACCGCUGAUCGGUCGGCAAUCACUAGCGGCUACACCCUUGACUACACACGAUUAUUACUGGCCAAAAGGUUCUGUACCCGUCCCAAAUGAGCAGCAACAGUAUCAUCAACGUCUAAAUAAGCUACUUGAGAGACAUCAGACCAAGCAACUCAAGCAUCUCCGUAAUGACCAUCCCGGCUCCAGUGCAUCUCGGGCUGGACGAUACUCCCUUGGCCCCACCACCUCUUCCAGCUUUCUAAUGCCCGUCUGCGAAGUCACCCGAGGGCAACGCGACGAUAACCAUGCCCGUAACUUCGGUGCGACUAGUCGAGUACAUGACUCGGCAUAUGUGGAUAAUCGAAAGAUAAUUCCCACUGCAUGCUCACCUUCUAAACUGGCUCGUAUCUCAAUCGACGCGUGUCGCACGGCCCCACCAAACCGUCAUCACCCUCCCACAUCAGAUGCCCUGGUCACGACUGAACCAAAUUUGCCACGAUCAGUUACACGAAAUACACCCUCAGACAAUGCCUCUGGUUUGCUGGACGACGAUGACGAGCAAUAUUUGGCCAAGAAUCACGACGGUGCAGAUGCCGAGGAUGAUGUGAUCCCGGAAAGUGAAGAUCCAGAAAACCAUGUGGCCAAUACCAGUUUGGGAAUCAAUUCAGCCAUGACCGGACUGGCUUUAGUCACCCGUACACAGUCAAUGGGCUCGCAGAGCAGUGGUGAUAUCGGUUUGGUUGUGACCACGCCCUCACCGUCCGUACCCAGUACUCGUCCAUAA